AUGCCCAACGAGAUCCGCGACCUGCGCGUCGUCGACGAGACGUCCUUUCCCUACGUCUUUGAGAAGGAUGUCUCUGUCCCCUUGAAGGCCGGUCGUGGGCUCGUCCGCUGCAAUGUGUACCGACCAAAGAGCUCUGGGCCUGUGCCUGUGCUUGUAACAUAUGGCCCGUACGGCAAGGACAUUGGGUACCAGGACUUCCACGCAAACUCGUUCGCAGACGUCAACCCUGAGCACAAGUCUGCCCACGCCGCCUGGGAGACGCCCGAUCCGGGCUUCUGGACUAAUGCGGGCUACGCCGUAGUCCGGGCCGACGAGCGCGGUCUCGGUCAGUCGCCCGGGCUCCUCGACACCAUGUCGCGCGGCACGUCCGACGCCUUCUUCGACGUGGUCGAGUGGUGUGCCGAGCAGUCGUGGUCGAGCGGUAAGGUCGGCCUGCUGGGCAUCUCGUACUACGCGGGCUCCCAGUGGCGUGUCGCGGCCCGCCAGCCUAAGGGCCUAUCCGCCAUCAUCCCCUGGGAGGGCAUGUCCGACUACUACCGCGACCGCUGCCGGCACGGCGGCAUCCUGUCGGACGGCUUCAUCCGCCUCUGGUGGAACCGCCAGAUCAUCACCAACCAGUACGGCCGCCCCGGGCGCCAGGCCAGCAAAUGGGGGCCCGACACCAUCGAGGGCGACCUCUCGGACGAGGAGCUCGCCGCCAACCGCCAGGACCAGAACAUCGACAACGCGGCCAACCGCUUCCGCGACGACGCCUACUACGCCAGUAAGGAGUACGAUAUGGGCGAUAUCAAGGUGCCUAUGCUUAGCGUGGGUAAUUGGGGCGGCAUCCUACUGCACCUGCGCGGUAACGUCGAGGGCUACACCCACGCGGGCAGCAAGUUUAAGUACCUGCGUAUGAUCACCGGCCGGCACGACCUACCCUUCUACUACAAGGAGGAGGUCGAGAUCCAGCGCAGCUUCCUCGACGCCUUCCUCAAGGGCGAGGACCACGUCGGCUGGUCCGAGGAGGGCAAGGUAGCCCCCGUCUCCCUCGUCCUGAGGAAGGGCAACGUCGGCUUCAACAACGCCGAGAAGGAGAAGGUGUACGAGCGUCGCGACGAGUCCGCCUGGCCGAUCCCCCGCACGCAGUACACGCCCUUCUACCUUACUCCCGACCUGGGCCUGACUGCUACCGAUAAGCCUAAGCCCACCGACGAAAAGCGCAAGGUCUCCUACCGCGCGCUGGGCACGAUAAAGGACCAGAAGUUUGUCCAGUUCUCGACGGCCCCGUUCGAGCAGGAGACCGAGAUCACGGGCCACGUCGUCGCGCACCUGAAUGUCUCGGUCACUCCUGACCCCGACGGACCGACCCCGAGCGACAUUGACCUGUUCAUUACGCUGCGCUAUAUUGGCCCCGACGGUAACGAGGUCUUCUACACGGGCACCACGGGUGAUCCCGUCCCGCUGACCAAGGGCUGGCUGCGCGUCUCGUUACGCAAGGUCAACACCGAGAGCCCCAAGCACAGGAGCUACCUGCCCCACCGCGACUACGCGAGCACCGACGUGCAAAAGGUGGUGCAGGGCGACAUCUACGGCGUCGAUGUCGAGGUGUGGCCGACGCAGGUCGUCGCCGAGCAGGGCGGGCGCAUCGUCUUCGAGGUUGCCUCGGGUGACACCCAGGGCAGCGGCAUCUUCACGCACGAGGACAAGAACGACCGGUCGCCCGAGGUGUUCCAGGGUGUCAACAACAUUUGCUUCGGGGCUGGGCUGGAGAACUAUGUUACUCUGCCGAUUAUCCCGAAGGCGUAG